UGCCAGAUCAGAAAAAUAUCAAUUUUUGUGAAUUUAAGGAAAUCUUUGGAACCAAGUUGUGCUGCAAAGUAUCACAACGAAUUCACUGUAAAUUAAUACUAUUCUACGAUCAACAGUUGUUGCUAAACUUACAGAAACCUUCAUCUAAAUUUCAUUUUGUCGAAACGCAAAAAAAAGGAAGAAAAUUGUGACGUUUUAUUGAAGCAGUGGAAAAUCUCCUACAGAAAUAAUAAACCACUAUUGAAGUGAAAACUAAAUAUAGAGUUUUUAUUGUGUUGAUUGGCGAUAAACGCCUUACUUGAUAGAUUGUGACUCACAUCAAACGCAGUUUGUCUCUGCUGCAUUUGUUCGAUCACAAGCCGAUAUAAGUUGCAUCAUGGACAUAACACUGAUAGUGAAAGCCUCGAACCAACAGUUUGAGGACCAAACAAUAAAAUGUGAACCUUCGUGGUCAAUACGACGUCUUAAAGGACACCUAACGGAGGUGCAUCCAGGAAAACCAAGUACUGAUGAACAGAAGCUAAUCUAUUCUGGUCAAUUGUUGAGCGACAGUGUUAUACUCAAAGAUGUAUUGCGCCAAUAUGACGGUCAGCAAGCCUACACAGUACAUCUAGUGUUCACACCGAAAAAUAAUCGCUUUCAUAAGGACCCCGGAGAUAACAAUAGCAAAAGUAGUACUUCAAAAACCAUGGCACCAAAACUGAACUCAGAAACUGACAAUGUGCAAACUUCGGCCAAUGUUGCUAGGUCUAGCGGCGAGUCGUCCCGAACGCACGAUGCGGCAUCCGCUAGAGCUAAUAAUGAAACGGAUGGCUUACGGCAUCGCAAUGCAGCGGCCGGACAAAGUACAAGUUCUGUCACUAGCGACAGAGCGUCGAGCUUUCCCACGUGUCCCAUUUCAACAGCCUCAGCUGACCAUAUUAUGGGCCAACAGUUAGCAAUGCAGAACUGGAUGCAGCAGACUUACAUGCAAUAUUUUACUCAAUACAUGAAUGCGAUAUCUAGUGCACAAAUCGAGCAACAAACCCGGCAAUCAGACAGUCACAAUUUUCCAGUACCCAGAAUGCCACAGCCUAAUCUGCAGCAAAUUCCCGCAAUGCCAAUAACAGCAGCUAACGCAAAUCCCGUUCUGGCCCAAACUACACCGAACUUGGCCUACUACCCGUACCUUUCUACCCUGAAUUCAUCACAAAUGCCUUCGGCAAGUAGCAUUCCAGCUCCCAUCACAUCUAGCGGAACGAUUCUGACCAACCCGCUACGCCCUACCAAUGUUCCUGCAGCAGUUUCCUCCAGUUCGCCAGCCCCAGCAUCCGUGGUUCUUCCGAAGGGAUCCGGUUCGCCUGCGGUACCACCAGCGGAAGCUGCAACGGGAUCAAGCACAGGUGCUGCCGCCGGUGCAUCAUCCUCUGUUCAAACAGGAAGGACUACUCCUGACGGUACAGCCGACGCAACCGUAGAUAGAGCUGAUGCAGCUAACGGCGCACCCGGUGCAGCCGCUGAUCCGGCACCAGCACCAGCCAGGAGAUUUCCAAAUAUUGUCGUUGAAGAGCAGGAAAAUCGUGACUGGUUGGAUAUUUUCUUCAGUAUGUGCCGAGUGGGAAUCCUAAUGACCGUGGUAUAUAUGUACUCAUCACCUGUUCGGUGUUUGACGGUGUUUGUCAUUGGGGCGUCGCUUUAUCUGUAUCAAAUCGGAUUCUUUCGCAAUAACAAUGCCGAUCGUCUAGAACGGGCUAGACAGAUUGUUGUUCAACAGCUCAACAACGCGCACGGUAUACGACCAAAUGGAGUCGGUCGCGAUCGGCCGGCAGGUGCUCCGGCACCGGAGGAAGAUCGUAACGGGGUUGGUGCUGAUUCAGAUAUGGGAGCGACUGCAGCCACUGCAGAAGAUGGUAAAGAUGCCACAAACUCGACCGAAGCAGAAAAAGAUGUAAAUACUGCGACCACUGAAAAUUCUACAACUGCUGAGCAAGAGAAAAAACUUACCUCCACCGCAUCGGAACCGGUGGAAGAAGCAACCUUAUCAUCGACUGAACCAGCCUCCGCUGGAACUGUUGAAGUAGACGAUUUGACGUCGACAGUGAUUCCGGAACAAAAUCGAGUCAAUCUGAAUGAUGUCGCUACCUUUCUACGAACGUUGGUGCUAUCAUUUUUCACAUCGAUUAUACCCGAUACUCCCGCUGCCUAAAAAUAUAGCAUCGUCUGACUUUCGAUACACCAGCUGAAGAGUGAUGUGUUUUUCAUUUGCUCUAGACUAAACAAGAGCUAAGUAAAAAUGCUGCAGUGGUGUGCAAAUAUUGCAUGUACAUAGUAUCUAUUCCCUACACUGCAUAAACGUAGUUUAUUCUAGUGUAAAAUAUAAAUUUUAUUACGCAAUCUAGUUUUUGGCUUUAAGUUCUUUUGGGAGCACACAAGUUCUAAUAUAAGACAUGAAGGUGAAUAAACUAACUUUUAUACAUGCAAAUUCGACUCCGACUACGCGUGCAAAAGUUGUCGCCAAAAAUAUACAUACUCUGCCGUCUCAGAGGUACGCUAGAUGCACUUUAAAAGCGAUUAAAUGUUGUAGGAUCAGGUCUUCUAAAAGCUUUACAAGCUAGUUGGGAUAGUCCUUUCAAAACCAAUUUAUUAAUCGUUUGCUACAAUAAUUAAAGACGAUAUAACGGCAAUUAAGUUCAAUUAGCAUUUGCACUAUCUUUUAACAUUGUUGUUUGAUUUUCAACUUUAUAACCUGCCUUACAUUUUGGCACGAAAUAUAUCUGUUAUACUUAGGAAUCUACUUUUCAGCAAUUGUAAUAUAAAGUUGGAACGACGUUAUCAGUUUAUAAAAUAUGAGAAGAAAAAUAAAUUUAUUUAUGUU